UGGGGGAAAAAAAAGAAAAAAAAGGAAAAAACUCAGGUCGCUUAUUGGGCCUACUCUUGGUCUCUUCUCCACUCUGUCCUGUGCAACGGAGCGGUCCGGACGGAGACAAAACCCUCGCCGGGGAGUUCUUCGAGCAGAGCAGAAUGGAGGCAAAGGACAUGCGAAGCUGACCCCAAGUAGUUUGGGAUUAAGAUUCCAAGGUGAAAAAAUGUCAGGGAAGGCUCUCAGAGAUCUCAAUGUACUUCCUGUUCCAGGAUUGGAGAGGAAAACUGAUGGUUCUAGUAAAGGAAGCUUUAUCAGGCCUUACAUUGAGAAUAGCAAUGAAAAAGUUGACAAAUGCCUGAACAAAGUUUCAGAAGCUAGUCUAGGGAAUAAUGGAGUAGAGGCAGGAAAUUCAGAGGUUGAGUACAUAGAUUCUGAGAACUUGACAGAUCUUUCAGAUGUGGAUUCAAGUCUUAAUACACUUUUAACAAGAUUAGACUCAAAGGAUUGGGUUCUAAUAUGUGAAGCACUCAAUAAUGUGCGCCAAUUAGCAAUAUAUCAUAAGGAAAAACUGCUUGAGAUGUUGGGAACUGUGAUUCCUUUGAUGGUAAAAUCCUUGAAAAAUCCUAGAAGUGCUGUCUGCAAGACUGCAAUUAUGACAUCUGCAGACAUCUUUAAGAUCUAUAGCGAUUCAGUUGUUGAUUCAUCUGAUCCUCUGCUUUUGCAGUUGCUUCUCAAAUCUUCGCAAGACAAACGUUUCGUUUGUGAAGCUGCUGAGACAGCUCUAAUAGCAAUGACAACUUGUAUCUCUCCUUCUUUAUUAUUGCCUAAACUGCAAUCAUAUCUGAAGAAUAAGAAUCCUCGGAUACGAGCAAAAGCAUCUAUGUGUUUUAGCAGGAGUGUACCUCGACUUGGUCUGGAAGGAAUUAAAGCAUACGGGAUUGAUAAGCUCAUCCAGAUUGCAGCAUCUCAGCUUAGUGAUCAGCUUCCUGAAUCAAGAGAGGCUGCUAGGACACUGGCAUUGGAAUUGCAAACUGUCUAUGAGAAUUCUCAUGCCUUACCAAGCGAAGAUUCUGCAAGUUCUUGGGAGGCCUUCUGCCAAGCCAAACUAUCCCCUUUAAGUGCUCAGGCAAUUCUUCGUGUCACCUCUACACCAAAAGAGGGUUUGGUUUUGGGUUGCUAACCCAUGAGGUAUACAUACCAUUGUACUACGAUUACUUUUGCACUGAUAUUUUGUAUAUGCUGUGACGGUGGGAGAUUGUAGUUCAGUUGGGGCAUGAGGUGGCCUUGAUAUUUUGGCACAUUCACUCGUAUUAAUUGUGGUGAUUGUAUGUUUCGUUCAAGUGCUGGUAUUCAGUAUAUCAAUCAUAGUUGUUUGUUUGUCCUUUUCUUUA